AUGGAUAUCACUCUAAAACGCUCCUCUUCUAGAGUUACAAGUACUGCUGAUUCGGUGAAAGAUACUCAGACUUCAGAAAACCUUCAACAGUUAAUCCAAAAAUCGCUUGCGCUACAAAACGAAAUACAGCAAUUGUUCAGUGAAUACGAGGCUAAUAAUAAAGACAUAAGGGAUGAUGUUGAUGACUUCUGUGAAAUAUAUGAAAGUUCUAUAGGCAAUUUAACAGUAGGAUGA